AUGUUCGCCCUCAGAGCGUCCUCUUCGUCCACCCGCUCCGCUCUCAGAACAUGUCCUCGCCUUUUUGCCUCCUUCUCAUCAACUUCGCGGGCGAAUGCUGCCGGACCUGUCAUAGCCGACUUUCUUGAGGAAGACAGUGGGCCAGCCAGCGCGACUCCCUUCAAUAUAGCUGAGCCUCCACAGGUCGAUGGCCCGCCAACCGCAGCCGGUGGUUUCUAUGCAAAAUCCAACAUGUUAGGCCUUGCUUCAAGGUAUAACCAGCCCCCUCGUGCAGCAACAAGAGCAGAGCUCCCAGAAUACAAACUGCACUGCCGUUCUUCUCGCAAUAACACCAUUGUCACAUUCACCAAACCAGACGGCUCUACUAUUGCGUGGUGCUCUGGUGGAAGCACUGAAAACAAAUUCAAAAAGGCCAACCGUGCAAAGUUUGAAGCUGGCUAUCAAUGUGCCAAACACAUUUUCGGCAGAAUCCUGGAGUAUUAUCAUGGCCACGAAAAUUUCAAGUUGCAACUGUUCUUCAAGGGCUUUGGUGAAGGACGGGAAGCUAUGAAAACAGCUUUAUUGGCAGCUGAAGGUGAUCCAAUCCGGCCUCUUAUUUCUCGGGUCACAGAUCGGACACCAAUAAAAAUCGGAGGAACGAGAGCAAAGAAGGCCAGAAGAGGCUAA